AUGCAGUCGCUUCAUUUUAUUUUAAUAGUACUUUUUUUCAUAUCAUAUAUCACCUAUGCAUUAACAAUACCAAUAGAAUUGCCCAAACGUUCAUUGUUAACUCGGUCCUCACUGUUUGAUCCUCAUGAAGCAUUUGAAUCGGCUGCCAAUUCCACAUGGUCAGUAUUUUGGAAUAAUACCCAUCAGGCAUUCUCACAAUCUGAUCCAGCAUGUCCUAAUUCACCAACAACUUUUCAAGAAGCAGUAGUUUGGAGUGUUGCCGUUGCUGGUAUGGCAAUCGUUGAGUCUGGGGAUAUUUCCAAAACCAAUGAAGUCAUAAAUUCAUUAUAUAAGUAUCAGAAUGAUAAAGGUUGGUUUGCUGCUACUCCUGGGAAUUCUCAUAGUUACGUUGAUGAUAAUUGUCAAGUAUUAUGGGCUUUCUUGCAAGCUUAUGGUUUAACUCAUAAUGAAAAUUAUUUAACUACUGCUACCAAAUUGAUGGAAUUGAUCCAGGGACAAUGGUCAGACGAAGUUGGUGGCGUUAGAUGGAGAGUUGAGGGCGAUUAUAUUGCUUCUAUUUCCACAGUAGAAGCAGCGUUAAGUGCAGUUAAAUUAUACGAGCAUCGUAAUAAUGAUUCUUCAUUGUUGUCGUUUGCUAAGAAAUGUCUUUCAUGGUCAGAUGAUAAUUUAUUAGAUGAACUGGAUGGAUUUUAUUACGAUGGAUUAAAUAUCCACAAUAAAACUAAGAUUGAUAAGGGGAAGUUGACAUAUACUGUUGGAGUAGCCAUAUCAACUUAUUCCUAUCUUUAUAAAUAUACUAAUGAUGAACAAUAUGUAACAAUAGCAACAACCAAAGCUAAUGGAACAUUAGCGUCGAAAACAUUUUUAAAUGGCCAUGGUUAUUGGAAUAAUGGAUUAAGAUUUGUCCAUUUAUUAUUUGUUGGAUUUAGUGAUUUAAUAACUAUGGGUGAUAAAAGGGAAUUUAUUGAUAGUGUUUGGAAACAAGGACAAUAUAUUUAUGAAAAUGAUCAAUUAUCAGGAAGUGGUUAUGUUGGUAAUUAUCUUGAUUUGUCAAAACCAAUUGAACCACAUUCAACUUCUUCAUUACACGAGAAGGAGAGGCACGACAAUAAGGAUGAUGUUGAACUUAAUCAUAAACAAAAGACUACUCAUAAUCAUCAUAAUGAUUAUUACUGUAAUAAUCAUUCUAAACAAUUCAAGAGAUCAUUAAUGGAUGAUGGUUCAGCCGCACAAAUAUUUUAUGCAAUUUCAAGGUUUUCUUAA